AUGGCCGACAUGUCCGGCGAACAGAUGCAGGCUAAGAUUACCGCGGCUAGGCGCGAAGCUGAAGGCCUGAAGGACAAGAUCAAGCGCAGAAAGGAUGAGUUGGCCGAUACAACUCGUACGCAUCCCUCUUUUCCCUUUCGCAUCCUCUUGGCCUCUUCCUCGCAAUGGGGGUCAACAGCCGUCGUUGUACUCGUGAUUGGCCUCCGUCAAGUCGCGCAGAACCAAACUGAAACCUUGCCUCGUAUUGGUAUGAAGCCCCGGCGGACGCUCAAGGGACAUUUGGCCAAGAUCUACGCCAUGCAUUGGUCGACCGACCGCCGUCAUCUCGUCUCCGCCUCUCAGGACGGAAAGCUCAUCAUCUGGGACGCCUACACCACGAACAAGGUCCAUGCGAUCCCGCUGAGGUCAUCAUGGGUGAUGACCUGUGCCUAUGCCCCGAGUGGAAACUACGUCGCCUGCGGUGGUCUCGACAACAUUUGCUCGAUCUACAACCUCUCCUCUCGUGAGGGUCCGACUCGUGUUGCGCGUGAGCUCUCCGGACACUCCGGCUACCUCUCUUGCUGUCGGUUCAUCAACGAUCGCAGAAUCAUCACGUCUUCCGGCGACAUGACUUGCAUGCUGUGGGAUAUCGAAUCGGGCUCGAAGGUUACUGAAUUCGCUGAUCACCUUGGCGACGUGAUGUCGAUCAGCAUCAACCCGACAAACCAGAACGUUUUCGUUUCGGGCGCCUGCGAUGCCUUCGCCAAGCUGUGGGAUAUCCGUACCGGAAAGGCGGUGCAAACUUUCGCUGGACACGAAUCCGACAUCAACGCCAUCCAGUUCUUCCCCGACGGAAACGCUUUCGGAACCGGUUCUGACGACACCUCCUGCCGUCUGUUCGACAUUCGUGCGGAUCGCGAACUCAACACCUACCAGAGCGACCAAAUACUGUGCGGUAUUACCUCCGUUGCCUUCUCCGUUUCUGGCAGAUUGCUUUUUGCUGGUUACGAUGACUUCGAGUGCAAGGUCUGGGAUGUUCUGCGCGGAGACAAGGUUGGAUCCCUGAGUGGUCACGAGAACCGCGUAAGCUGCUUGGGAGUCAGCAACGACGGCAUCAGCUUGUGCACUGGAUCCUGGGAUUCUCUGCUCAAGGUCUGGGCUUGGUAA